AUGUUAGCUGUCGAGACAAAUGACUGGGAUGUUAGUGAAACCUCUGUUGAGACUUCUCUUCUCAUGAGUACGACUCCUCGUCAUCACCCCAACACCCUGCUUCAGGGUCUUCUUUCUCCUAUCGCGGAGUCUUCAUACUCGAAUGCCACAAUAAAGUCACCCGUUAAGAAGGUUUUGAAUUGGGACUACGGAGGCUUUUUCUACGACCUCAAUUACAUUGGCUUCAAAUGUGCCAAGGAAAACUGUGAUAAGCAGUGCGCACAGGGGGAUAGCGAUACCCGCAUCUGUCCCGCUUGUGGGCCUUGCUCUGAGGUACGAUACUGCUCAGAGGAUCAUCUCAUCAUGGAUAUCAAGGCUCACUUUGCGAAAUGCGGCGAGUAUGGCCAGUCCACCUUCAUUCACCCUUGUCGAAUGAGCACUAUUCGGGAUGAGCAUAUUCGGGGACCUCCCAUGCUUCCCGCCGAGUUUACGGAGACGGACACUGUUGAGCGCCACCGGCAAGCAGUUUGGUUCAACUGUAUGCACCAUUAUGGGGAUUAUUUCAUCUUUUCAGACCAGUAUCAUCAGACGGUAGAUGCUCUGCAGGGACUUCAUUUUGUUCCUCUCUCCGAACUUGCUGUGCUUUUCUCAGGCGAAGAACGGGAUCGAUUCCGCCGAAGCUUGGCUUUGGCAUUCUUGGACGGCGGAAAAGCCCUAGAGCUAGUCGAGUACGUCUACCGCAUGAUCCGCGAUUACUUCCGCAAGGAGGGUAAGUGGAACAGCGAGCUUGAAGGUCAGGUUCACCACCAGUUGGCGUGGGAGUUGGGAUACACGCUGAAUCCCGCCGAGUUAGGCCUCCGACACGCCUGUGCGAAGGAUUGGUUUGGUGCGGAAGGAAUUUGCCGCGAUGAGAUUUGCAAAUUUGAGCGAGCCAGCCAUGGCUAUGACGAGUCCUAUGGCGGUUUGCAGAAGGGAUGUAUCCGAGCUGAAUCCAAGAACUGGCUGUUGCGCGCUGCUCGCUUCACCCACCCUUCGGGCUUGUCUAUUCAGGCCCGCACCAUGGGUGAGGGCUGGGGAAAUAUGGUUCCGAAAAUUGAUCGACGUCAAUUCCAUCGUGGGGAGGGAUGGGAUGGCUUUGGCUCUGGUCCCAUUGAGAUGGUGAAGAUGGAUUAA